AAGAGCACAAGAUGACGUCAGGCCUCCUCUGCCUCCUAACCCUUCCAUUCGUCCUUGGCCGGACCCCAGGGGAUUUGGAGCCCCUGAUCCCAAGCACCCCCUCCAGUCCUUUCCCCGACUCUGUGUUGAGAUCCGGCUUCAACAACAGCUUUGGUCCCAGCCUUGGCUCCGAGUCUCAGUCGCUUUCCAAUUUCACCGGCUUCGAGGAUGACCGUGGCACCUGCCAGUGCUCCGUGACCCUUCCAGACACCGCCUUUCCCGUGCAGAGAGUGGAACGCUUGGAAGUCACGGCUCACGUUCUCUCCCAGAAGUUCGAGAAAGAGCUUUCUAAAGUGAGGGAGUAUGUCCAGUUAAUCAGCGUAUAUGAAAAGAAGCUCUCCAACCUAACCAUCCGAGUAGAGAUCAUGGAAAAGGAUACCAUUUCUUACACCGAACUGGACUUCGAGCUGAUCAAGAUAGAAGUGAAGGAGAUGGAGAAACUGAUCACACAGCUGAAGGGCAGCGUUGUUGGAAGCACAACUGUUGUCAACCAGCUGGAAGUGGAGAUAAGGAAUAUGACUCUCCUGGUAGAGAAGCUGGAGACGCUAGACAAAAACAACGUCCUUGCCAUUCGCCGGGAAAUCCUGGCUCUCAAGACCAGGCUGAAGGAAUGCGAAGCCUCUAAAGGUGAAAAUGUUCCUGCCGCCCCGCCUCCUCCUGCCCCUGGGAGCUGUGGGCACGGCGGUGUGGCGAAUAUCAGCAGGCCAAGUGUUGUUCAGCUCAACUGGAGAGGGUUUUCCUAUAAGUAUGGUGCCUGGGGUCGGGAUUACUCUCCCCAGCAUCCAGAAGGGGGGCUGUACUGGGUGGCCCCUUUGAAUACAGAUGGGAGACGUCUGGAGUAUUACAGACUCCACAAUACACUGGAUGAUUUGCUCUUGUACACAAAUGCCCGAGAUCAGGAGCUCUACUAUGGCCAAGGCGCUGGUAUCGUGGUUUAUAACAACUACAUGUACGUCAACUGGUACAACACCAGAAGCAUUGCCAAAAUUAACCUGAAUAACAACAAGGCUGAAGUGACUCAGAUUCUCCCCGAUGCUGCCUAUAAUAACCGCUUUUCGUAUGCUAAUGUUGAUUGGCAAGAUAUUGACUUGGCUGUGGAUGAGAAUGGCUUGUGGGUGAUUUAUUCAACUGAAGCCAGCACCGGUAACAUGGUGAUUAGUCAGCUCAACGACACCACACUCUUGGUGCUGAACACUUGGUACACCAGGCAGUAUAAGCCAUCUGUCUCCAAUGCCUUCAUGGUAUGUGGGGUUCUGUACGCCACUCGCACUCUGAACACCAGAGAAGAAGAGAUUUUCUACUACUAUGACACAAACACAGGCAAAGAGGGCAGGCUAGGUAUUACCUUGCGUAAGGUGCAGGAAAGAAUACAGAGCAUUAACUAUCACCCUUUUGAGCAGAAACUUUUUGUCUAUAAUGAUGGUUACCUUCUGAAUUAUGAUCUGAUCUUUAACCAGGAACCCAAGUAAAUGGGUGAGGUUCAGAGAGGCAGAGAAUGUUCUU